CAUCACACCGCCAACAUGGACGUCAUAACGUUGUUCAGCGUCGUUGUUGCUGCAGCAUGCCUCCCACUGGGCCAGGCAAUAGUGACCGUGCAACUGGACGAGGUCGCAUUACAGAAUGGCUACCCUGGCUGCCGCCUCAUGCCGCGAUCUAACGCCACAAAUCAGCAAAACGUUUGGAUGUUCCAAGGCGAAAGUCUCACCUUAAACUUCUGCCUUGACAACCCUGCGCUCGUGAGCGUGGACGACUUCAUCUACUCCAAUGAUGGGUGGCAGGACUCCGUGCUCAUUGCCAUUGACGACGAGCCUCUGGCUGACGUGGAGACCCACGACACGUCCUUCGAGGGUGAGCUGUGGAACAUAUUCUCGGGCACAGGGCCCCAAGGGAAGCAGGUGUCCCUGCAGGAGGGUUCCCACACUCUUACUGUGUCCGUCACCCAGGCAGACAAGUGGGGCGUGGAGCUGGACGCCCUGGUGUUGAGGGUGAUGGAAAACGGCAACAGCGGCAUUGACGACAUGAAGUGUGAAGGCGACUACCCCACGCCGGCCCCGCUAGACUACCCCUGUGUGGUAGAUGACAACGCCCCCAUCAAAAUGAUGCCUGCAUCAACGCCUGGGCAGAGAAACCUGGGAGUCUCUGGCACCACUGAUAGUUCAGUCACAGACAGCAGUGGUGGUUCAGUCACAGACAGCAGUAGUGGUUCAGUCACAGACAGCAGUGGUGGUUCAGUCACAGACAGCAGUGGUGGUUCAGUCACAGAAAGCAGUGGUGGUUCAGUCACAGAAAACAAUGGCGCUGCCGUCACAGACAACAAUGGCGCUACCGUCACAGACAGUGAUGGUGGUUCAGUCACAGACAGCAGUGGUGGUACUGUCACAGACAAGAAUGGUGGCUACGUCACGGACACCAAUGGUGGCUACGUCACAGACAACAAUGGUGGGUACGUCACAGACAACAAUGGCCGGCACGUCACAGACAAAAAUGGUGGCUACGUCACAGACAACAAUGGCGGGUACGUCACAGACAAAAAUGGUGGCUACGUCACAAACAACAAUGGUGGCUACGUCACGGACAACAAUGGUGGCUACGUCACAGACAACAAUGGUGGCUACGUCACGGACAACAAUGGCGGUUCAGUCACAGACCCUACAUCGAGAUCAUCAACUGGACAAUAUUCUUCGUCUUCUGACAAUUCAGGAGGCGACCAACCCGGAAGUUCAGCUUCACCAUCUCCUGACAGUGUGACGUCAUCGGGCAGCAGUAAAGUUAACACGUCCGUGGUGUUCAGCGGGUCCGAGGGUGAGGACAUCACUAUCCAGCGCGCGGACACGCCCUUCUGCUCGGGGGGACAAGCUAACUACGACAUCGUGUCCAGCCUGGGCUCCCUGAUGACUCUCUCCUUCACCCAGAUCAUCACCACCACCCUCACAGUGCACCCCAGCCUUGGCCUCACGACGGACAACCCUCGUGUGCUGUUGUCGGACAACUCCGCCUACAUCCAGGCCUUCCUGGGUCCAAGCAACGACAUGUGGGUGACCAUGGGACGUAAGGACGCAGUCCCGUGUUCUGCUAUCCAGCUGUCAGCGGCAGACGUCAACGGCAACAUGACGUCCCGGAUGUUGUUGAGGGAUGACGGUGGCAUCCUGCUGUUCCCCGAGGGCGACGCCUCUCGCCAAGCCGUCUACUUCCCCACACAGGCGCACGUGGCCAGUGGGAGCCCCGGACUAAAACUAGCUUCGGUUGGCAUCAACGGAAACGGUAGUGACUUUGAUAUGACCCUUAACACGGAGUUCGGGACUAGCAGACUCGCUGUUGCCAUGGGAACAGUCACCACCAGCAUCACCUUCUUUGGAACUCCCCUGGGGGCCGUGACCCGCCUGAGUUCCUUGGUCCUCCCGUGUUUGAACCAGGAGGAACUCGCCAGUGCCUUCGUCUCGUCAGACAACACAGAGUUUGUGUCCAUGUUUGAUCCCUGGAGAUCUUUCACCGGCAAGGAAAUCACGCUCGUCACCACAAUGGAUUAGUCACGAUAGACACUGGAUUAGUCACGGUAGACACUGGAUUAGUCACGUUAAACACAACAAAGACAGAAAACCAUACUAACUUGUAAUUGAAAUCAGCGGACUAUUUGAUUGACAUAUGGUCAAAUUAUGUACAAUUAAUUAUCAAACUAUAUAUAUUUUUUUAUCAAACUAUGUACUACAUAUAAAAUCAAACUAUUGACGUUGAGUGUGGUGGGAUGUUAUCCAUCUUCUUGCAAUAUUGUCCUUCUUGUUUCGCUUUGCGUUUUAUAUACUCUCCACAUAAAGUAUGGGAACAAGAA